AUGGGUAACACACCAUCAGCUCAAAAGCCAACCGCUAUCCCCUCGCCAGUGGCGCGCCAGGAGGUCUUCAAUGAAAAGUUGAACUACUACUCCAUCAACUCCAAGCUUCGUGGCUUGCAGCUCGACGACACGUACCACGGAUCAUCCAACCCAAUCUCCAUUGACUCUUUGGACUCCUGGGAAUCAAAGUUGUUGUCGGAUCCUAAGAACAAGUUGGCCCAAGCUGCUAUUACUUCUAACUCCAUUGACAAGAUUGUAUCCAAGACCAACGUGAAAUUGACCAACUCUGAUAAAUUCCUUUUCAAUGUUGAGGUUGACGUCGUUGGAUCUCCUUCAUUUUUCAACAACCAGAAGUCCCUGGGAAGAUGCUGGAUCUUCGCUACCUGUAACGUCUUGAGAAGUCACGUCAUCAAGAACUACAACUUAUCGCCAGAGAAGUUCCAAUUGUCUCAAAGCUACUUGUUCUUCUACGACAAGUUGGAGAAGGCUAACUUCUUCUUGGACAAUAUUCUCGACACUGUUGACGAAGACUUAGAUUCAAGAUUGGUGAACCAUUUAUUAAAGGACCCAAUCAGUGACGGUGGUCAAUGGGACAUGAUUGUUAACUUGGUUUCCAAGUAUGGGCUUGUUCCACAAGAAGUGUUCCCAGACCUGUUCAACGCACAGGCUUCAUCUGGCUUGAAUGGAUUCCUUGUUGCCAAGUUGAGAGAAUACGGAUUUAUUUUGAGAAAGUUGGUUAAGGACGGAGAAUCCGCCGAACAAGUUGGACUUGUAAAGCAGUCGAUGAUGAAACAAGUGUACAACAUCAUUGCAAUUGCACUCGGAUCUCCUCCAAAGCCUACAGAUUCCUUUAAGUGGGAAUUUAUUGAUAAGGAUGGAAGCUACAAGUCGUUCCAAACUACGCCCUUGGACUUCUACACCAGCCAUGUUAGAUUCGAUGCUGCACAGCAGUUUUCCUUGUUAAAUGACCCUAGAAACGAGUACGGCAAGCUUUAUACUGUUGACAGAUUGAAGAACAUUAGCGACGGUAAGCCAAUUGAAUAUGUCAACUUGGAAAUUUCUGCUUUAAAGAAGGUUGCUAUUAAGAUGUUGCAAAAAAACGAACCUAUUUUCUUCGGUUCUGAUGUGGGCAAGUUCCUUUCAAGAGAAACUGGGAUCUUGGAUGUUGACGCCUUUGAUUACGACUUGGGGUUCGGCACCUCAUUGAAAUUGAGCAAAGAAGAAAGAGUCAGAGUAGGAAACUCGGCAAUGAACCACGCCAUGGUGAUCACGGGAGUCCAUUUAGACGAAACCACGAAAGCUCCAAUCAGAUGGAAAAUUGAGAACUCUUGGGGUGAUGACACUGGUGACAAGGGAUACUAUCUUAUGAGUGACAAGUGGUUUGACGAAUAUGUAUUCCAGAUCGUCACGAACAAGUCCUUUGUCGACAAGAAAGUUUACAGUAUCUGGAAGAAUAAGGACUACACCACCUUACCAUAUUACGACCCUAUGGGCUCAUUAGCUUAA